AUAGCAGAGGCGUAGUAACAGGCGCGAUAUAGCAGAGAAUUAAAAAAGGACAGCCUCGGCGAAGAGUUAAAAUAAAACAAAAAGAAAAGCAGUGAAAGUAAGAAAAAUGAGAGUAGACGACGAUAACUCAAUAUACGUCGGUAGCUUACCUUACUCUGCCACCGAAGACACCAUUCGCAGAGUCUUCGGUCCUUACGGCUCCAUCGUCUCCGUUAAGAUCAUUAAUGACCAUGGAACAAGGGGAAAAUGCUAUUGCUUUGUUACUUUUAGAAAUCCAAGAUCUGUCUCUGAUGCCAUCAAUGACAUGAAUGGCAAGACUAUAGAUGGCAGAGUUGUGAGAGUAAAUGGGGUGACAACCAGAGGGGGGAGAACAGAUUUUAGUCGAGAACGACUUCGAUGUAAUACUGAGAGGAGUCUGGAUAGGGGUAGAGAUCGAGAAAGGGAUUAUGAUCGUGAUAGGGACUGGUUUCGAGAACAAUACAGUGAUAGGUCAAGAGAGCAUGGUCGGUCUUUGGAUCGUGGUGAAGAUGGGGAUAGACGACAUGAACUUGCACAUGAUCAUGAUCGGGCUAGGGAUGUAUAUCAGAGCCAAGACAGAGUAAUGGUGGAUAAUGAACCAGUAGAAGGAAGGAACGGUGAUCGGAGCUGGGAAAGAGGCCACAAUUUACACAUGGAUCAAGAAAGGGAGCAUGAUGGAACCAAUGGUGAUCGUGUAUUUGUUGACAUGGAGACUGAUCAGCAUUCAAGGAAACUGAAUGAUUCUAGAUACACUGAACAUCAUAGUAGGGAAAUAUCUUCAGAUUCAAAUGAUGAUGGCAAUAAUGAGGUGGAAGAAAGAUUGGAGAUAUCAAUUCAGAGGCGCAAUGAACUUAAACGAGAGGUUUCUCAGAUGGAAAAAAGAUUAGAAGAUAAACAACAAUCUGUUUCAAAAUUGCAGAAAAGAACUCGGAUACUGGAGGAUGAUUUGAUUAUGGCAAAGAAGCGCUCGUCGCAGCAUAAUAUGCUAUUGAUGAAGCUGCAUAAAUGUUUUCUGCAAGUGAAAGAGUACUCUGAAAGACGUGAGAGUUGUGAAAAGGAACUUCAGUCUCUUGUUGAUUCAGCAAUGAUACAAAGCGAUCUGGCUGAUGACGUUGACAUAUGGGAUGGAUUCCUCAUCAACAGCAAUGCAUGAUUUUGGUGCGGAAGUUUAGUUCGCUUGUGCAUGUAUAUAUCGUAAUUGCUCUGCAACAGUAGUUUGGAUGUAUUGAUUUUUUGUAUAUAUUUAUGUGAAAUUAAGUGGAGAUCUAGUUCAUCUCAACUUAGGAUAUCUGUCCUGCCACUAUUAAUCUCUUGCUGUUGUCGACUAAAAUGGUUGAUUAUAGUAUUAUUUCCGUUCCUUUUCA